GUCAUUUCAGAGAAAGUAACUAUCAAGAUGAAAGCCUCUUCACUGUUGCCAGUCCUGGUCCUCUUCCUGGCUCCAGUGUUGACCAGCUCGGGCCUCAUCCUUCCUCUGGACUGCAGCGACAUCUACAACCAUAACACCAGCCAACCCAGUGGCGUUUACACCAUCUAUCCCAUCGGAGCCACAUCUGCUGUCCAGGUGUACUGUGACAUGGAAUCACUUGGAGGACGGUGGACAGUGUUCCAGAGCAGAGUAGAUGGUUCUGUGAACUUCUACAGACCCUGGGAUCACUAUAAGACAGGCUUUGGUUCCGCUGCGACAGAGUUCUGGCUCGGUCUGGAGAAUAUUUUUAACCUCUGUUUGAGGAAAAAGUAUGAGCUUCUGGUCAUCAUGGAGGACUUUGAAGGAAACUCGGCAUAUGCGUCCUAUUCGUCAUUCUUUGUGGGCCCAGAGGCUGAUGGAUACAGACUCCAGGUGACGGGUUUCACUGAGGGAGAUGCAGGAGAUGCUCUGAGCGUUCACAACGGACACAUGUUUUCCACCUUCGACAAAGACCAGGACGGCUCUCAGGUCAACUGUGCCAGAUUAUAUUUAGGGGCGUUCUGGUACGGGGACUGUCAAAACGCAAACCCUAACGGGGUUUAUUCUUGGGGGGCUGAAGGCUCAAUUCAUGGUGUUGGAGUGGAGUGGUCCGACUGGAAGGGCUCUAAUUACUCUCUGAAGAGCAUCAGCAUGAGGAUCCGUCCUGUGCAGUGAAUCCGUGCAGCUUGGUCUGUUCUGUGGAUCACAGAUUCAAUAAAUCAGAAACUUUGAAUUGACUUUAAUUACGAUGAUUUCUUUUUUCUGCUGACACUAAAUAAGAAGCCAACUGUUGAUUGUGUUGCUCUUGUUUUUGGAAGAUCCUCACCUUCUAUUUGAGGAGUCACCACUGCCCUCUAGUGGUCACAAUGACAAGAUACCAUUUUAUUUUUAUUCAUAUCAGAAUCAGAGUCAAAGGGAUUUUUUAAAUCAUUUUUAAAAGUUGCUUCACUGAUAUGAAGAUUGAUGUUGUUUGUUGUUAAAGAAACUACAAUUUAAAUCAUGAUCUAAUGAAAAUAUUCUUAAAGUGUCAGAAUUAAACACGUUUGAUGUUAUUUGUUUAGAAAUAAUAAACAUUUAUGACACCUG